AUGGCUCCCUCCGUUCCCUCGGCCAAAUUGACCCUAUCCUGCCCCCUCUUCGCUGCUGACUUCGACCCGCGCAACCCCGGCUUCCUUCUGGUUGCCGGCGGAGGAGGUGAAAGUCGUACGGGAACCCUGUUAAACACUUCCAAACGUCAAGAGAUCUCGGAGGUGGUCGACAUCGAACUGUCGCGUGAGGAAGACUCCGUGACCUCGCUGGCCGCGGCGCGCGCUAGCGAUGACUCCAUUAUUGCUUUGGCCGGGAUCAACAGUUCCAUGGCGGAGCAGAAACGGGACAACAAUCAGCACCUGAGGUCCUUCCAGAUCGAUUAUCCCCCGCGGCAACAAUCAACCUCGGCCGGCGCAAACGAAAGCGGCAAUCUCGAAAAUGAGACCAAAUCGAAAACCCAGUCCUCGUCUCCGGGUAAGACUACGGCAUUGUCCCGCGUGUCCCUUUUCAGAACCAAAUCCGGUAGCACGGGUACCUACCAGCGAAUAACCCGCCUGUCACCCUGGAAAGGCGCUGAAUCCCCGCGCGUGGGUGCCAUUGCCACCGGACUGGCUCCAUCGGGCGAAAUUGUCUUCUUCGAUGCCACUACCACAACCCCGGGGGCUUCUGAUGUCAUUGGGAGAAUCCGCCUGGGUACUGAUGAGGAGGCUGAGGAUGUGGAUAUUACGGGGCUGGAGGCCAAGGGGAAGUUCCGGGUCGCCUAUACCAACGGCGUCGAUGUGUUUACCUGCCAGAUCUCGUCGGACAAGAGGUCCAACGGCUCGCCAGAUGUGAGCUGCGUAUACACGACUCCAGUACCCGAGAAAGGCCCGAGAACCAGGCCUAAGUUCCGCGCGCUGCGCUUCAUCUCGUCGACCACGCUACUGUUACUUCAAAAUGCGCCAGACCGCCGCGGUUGCGAGCUCAUCCUGCUUGAUCUGCACCAACCUGCAUCAAAGAAACCCUCCGGAUCGAUCGUCCGCCGCAAGAAGCUUCGCAAAGCGAUGAAGAUCGGGCUUGGUCUGGACGUUUGCUUGCUGAGUCCAAAUUCCGAUGCACAGCAGCAAACAGCCAUCGCUGUUGCCGGAAGCGAUCAGUCGAUCGAGAUAUUGACGUUCGAGUCGAAUCCUCUACAAGGCACCCACGGCAAAUGCCGUUCGUAUACCAGCCUCUACGAGGUGCAUCCCUUUUCCCUCACCAAAGUCUGCUUCUCGCCGUUCACCUCUCCUCCGCAGCCCGUAAGCCCCGAGACUCCUCCCCAGUACAUCAAGCUCGCUUCCCUCAGUCUGGGAAACACCGUCGUGGUGCACACCCUCCCCUUGGCACCAUCGCCGCCUUCCAGUCGCAACCCACGGUACGUUCUCGUGCCGCCGUAUGACUUGGAUGCCUGGACCAGUAUCUCCAGCAGUCUCGCCGCCAUCUUUUCUAUCCUGGCCGUCUGCUUCCUUCUCCAGGCUUUUACGGAAAUCCGUGGAGUCAUGCCCCCUUACCUGGGCGCCACCGAAUGGCUUCCGCUCAAUAUCCGCGACUCCAUUGCUCGGCCGUACUACGCUCCGCCACCUCAUCCACUCCAGCAAUCAUCUCUCACCUCGUCAGCCCUUCCUACCAUCGUGACCGAUUCGCCCACGUUAACACUCCGUGACUUAGUUCGCGACAACUCCCCUAUUGUCGGCGAGGAUUACAGCCAGAGUCAGACUGUUCGUGUGUCCUGGGAUUCCGAGCGCAACGAGCCUCUAGUUGACUCGGUCUCGAUAUCCCAAGAGACCGAAAACCUCCUUCGUUGGGAUGGUCUCAGCGAGCAAGACCGAACUCUCUGGACACAACGGCUGACAGAAUCCGGACACUGGACUUCCGACGACGACGAUGCUGAGACACUUCUUCGCAGCGUCCUUUUCGAUCAAACGGAAAGCCCAAGUCCAAGCCCAAACCCACCAUCUGAACUCUGA